AUGUUCCAUUUCACCUCCUUUAAUUUUUAUCUAACUUUUUUUCCACUUUCUUCUCUCACCUCUUUUGCCCUCCCUCCUUGGCCUCCUUCGUCGGCCUCCAUCGACUGGUUGAUCCAGGUUAAGCAUGGGAAUGGUGGUGGUACCAAUGGCCUCGAUGAGUUGGCCAAAGCUUUGCAAAAGUUGAUCAAUAACGCCAUUAAAGAUGCUACAACUUCCCUCCAACACAAAUCCGACAAGCUCUCUUGCUCUCCAAAUCCACAUGAUCCUCACUCCUACUGUAGUACACUUGAUGGGCUUAUGAAGUCCAAAAAUGAACAACUUAAAAACGCUAAAAACAUCUCUAAUAAAUCACUAAUAUCCUCUUUAGAAGCUCAAAUACAGCGCCAUAAAUCCAACAAAGAUGACUGCACUAAGUCCCAUUUCAUGGACGGCGAGCGUAUGUCCUCCCUUGAGGGGGAAGUGCAUCAUGGCAUUGAUGUUAUUGUGAAGCUUACACAGUUUAGUGGCGGUGAAGAUAGCAUUAUAGAGUUAAUUGAGAAAGAAAUUGAGAGGCUUACAAAGCAGCAUAAAGACUGUCAAAAGUCUCCGCAGUCUCCUGACUGUGCUCAGCAUAAAAAGCUUGAGGAGCUUAAAAAGAAACUUAGUGAAAUUAGCACUAAUAAAAAUAAUAGUCCACAUGAUUUAUUAAAUAACCUCUGCACAGGCCUCGAAAAAUUUCUCGGCCUUAGUAAUGGUAAUUACACCGGAGAGAGCAUCGUGUACUCGGACCUUGACAGGCUCUGCGACGGGGUGAUGGCGUUCUUUUAUGGUGUUUUACAUAACAUUAAGCCUAAAUUAGGCCAGCAUAAAGACACUUUAAAUGAUGCACUUAACUCACUUAAAAGCACAAAUAAUAAUGGUUUUACUAAAUACAAGGCGGCGGUAGCCGAGGUGGAGGGAUGGGUCAAGAGGUACAAUAAUGAAGUCGCCGCCUCAAAUUCUAAGGUAAGUCAACAAAUUAAUUUGUUGCAGGAGCACGUCAAAUUGUACAAUGAAGAUAUUCUAGAGACACAAUUUGGAGACAAGCAUCUAGUUGGUACCUUGAAGGUUGAACAGGCCAAAGACCAAAUUGAUCUCAAGGUGGAAGAAUGUCAAAAGCACGCUAAAACAUUCACUGAUAAUUUAGAUGUUAAUAGAGACCACAAUAACCUUAAAGAAUCAAUCACUGACCUAAAUGCUAAAUUAAAAGAUAAGCUUGAGAGCGUGCGUAAGACGGUGGAGUAUGAGAGUGCGCGGUUGGGGGAGGUGAAAGUGCAGGAGGAGGGGGAGUUGGAGGCAUGGAUAGCGGAGAUUAAGAAGGUGUUGGAAGAGCUUAGAUGUAAUGUAGAUAAGAAAAUUGAUGCGCAGGUGGGGGAGUUUAUCAAAAAAUUGAAGGACCAAGUGGAGCCUAUCUUGGAUAGUCUGAAGAAAAUCGAGAAGAGUCUUGGAGGCUAUAUUUUCGAGUUGGAACAGUGGAUCGUUAAGUCCGGCAUAUUGGUAGAAGAAACCAUAGGAGAGGCCAGGGAAAUUGUGGAAGAGAAGCCUGGGACGUAUAAUAAAAUGAAAUAUGAAGAAAUUGCUAAAAACAUGAAUGGUUGGGUACAGCCGCUUGAGGAUUAUAUUAACCAUGUUAAGAGUUUGGCCGCGGAUGUCACUGCGAAGAUUACGGAGUUGGGGAAGAAGUUUGACAGCUCGCAAAAUAUUGAGCAAAUUUUUGGCCAUAUUAAUACAAAGGUUGACGGGAUAAAAAAUAUGCCAAACGGUCUGGAAUUGAUUGUUGGUGAGUCCGGUACGUAUAAAACCAAAAUUGUCUCCAAGCUUACUGAUCUCAACUCUGAAGCCUCCAAGCUCACCAAACAGUUCAUCGACGCGCAGGCGGCGGAGCUGGAGAAAAGGAUCGAGAGGCAGCUGGAGAGCAUGCCGGAGCAGAUAAAGGGUGCGCAUGUUGGGGGAUUGGAGCACAAUUUGCAACAGAUUCAAUUAUUAAGAUCCCAGUUAGGCGUAAAGGGGAACCCAAAGUCUCUGACUCAGGAAAAUGUUGCCGAUUACCAACGUCAACUCGAUGUCAACCGUGAAAAUAUUUUAUCCACCAUAAAUAGGGCAAACGAUGAAUGGCAAAAACAUUUGCACAGUGAGGUGCAGCGAUUAAGCGGUGAAUCCCUCCAAUUUCGAAAUUUUUCCUCAGGUAUGCAUCACACCACCACCAAUGAAUCCAAGAGUCUUUACGAGAGGGUGACAAAACUUGCCGAACAAUAUGGAAGCUUAGAAAACCUUGCGGAUAGCGUUGGUGUCUAUGAAUCUCUGAUGCAAUCCUUUAAGCCUACAAAGCAGCAAGUUGAUCAGCUCAAAAGGCAAGUUGAAGAGGACAUUGUAAAAAAUGCUAGCGCAUCAAACGGUUCCAUUAGUUUGUCAGAUAACAUACAUCGUUCUGCCCAAACCAUUCUCCCCAGUGCCGUCUCACAAGCUACAUUACUAUCUAGUCAUCUUCAAAGCGCAAUUGAAAUCCAAAAGCAAUCGCUCAACCAACAACUUUAUGGCCAACAACUUGGAUACCCAGCUUGGCCAUCACAGCAUUUGCGUGCUGGAUACGGUUAUAAUUCUUACAGCGGCCGCGGUACAUAUCACCAAUUUCAACACCAACUCACCGCCAACAACCCCGCACCUACACUCAAAGAUCUGUUCACGAAAUUCGACCAACAAGUCAAAGCGGAGCUCUCCAGAUUAACCGACAAUGUCGGCACGAAAUCCACCGACCGAGACAGUGUCUACAAAGAAUUGGACGCCGUUAAGAAGAACGUUGACGACCUGAACAGUAAGCUUGAAUCGGCGACUAAGCAAAACGCCGUCUCAUCCGCCGAGCCGGUUAACCACGCCAAAAACCUGGACGACGCAAUCGAUAAACUGAAAGACACAGGCACCGUAGCAGUCGUCGAAGGUGCCAAGGAUGCCCUUAGCAACCUGUCCACGCAAAUCAAUCAAAAUCUCACUGAGUUGUUGAAGGCGUUCGGUGACAAAGGCGAACGUGUAAAGGAGCGGUUAGAAAAGCUUAAAGAGUACAUUGGCAAAAACCCACUUAAGAUUCCCGACAGUCUUCAGAAAAUCCACGGCAAGCUCACUGAUCUGCGAAACGAACUUGCAAGUAAGCCUCUAAAAGCAACCGAAGAACUUUUGAAAUUCAUCACCCACGCCGAACGACACUAUGCCGGCGCAAUUAAAGAUCAUCUCAACACUCAGGUCAAACAAGCCUCCGACAAACUCACCACCCACGCGCGCAGGCAGUACGUCGAGGCCCUCAAGUUCGCGCUCCAGCAGUUCGCCGCCAAGGUGACGGGGGAGCUCAGAGAGUUGCGGGGGAUGAUCGAUGCCGACUUGGAGCAGGGCCACAAAAAGUUUAUGAAGACGUUCCAUGACAGUUUCCUUACCGAGGCUCAGAAAAUAAGUGGCGUCGAUCCCAAGCAGUUUACUCCAGACAGUUCUCCACUCAGCAACGCUUCAAAAAUAUUCCAUGAAGCUUCAACAACGUUCGUCGAGCAGUUGAAGGAGCAAAAAGACUUCACCGAAGACUUCCAGAAAAUCGAGCCGUCCACCAAGGCGCUUCACACUCUGCUUGAGAAGCUCCACGAGUCAAAAUACUUUAAUCCUAAUUUUUUCACAAACCUAGAAAAACUUAACGAAUCACUUAGCGCAUUUAAUCCCAAAGCAUACGGCGAGGGAGAUAUCCCUCCCAUCCUCAAUGCACUGCGAUCAGGCUUCACGCCACUGGUCGACGAGCUCGGGAAGCAGUACACGAACGUGUACGAGGGGGCUGCGCCGAUCAAGGAGUGGGUGACUGAGGUCACUGAAAAAUCCAAAUUGCCUGCUGAAAAUGCGUCACCUAAAACCAAAUUGACAGAGAACGGCGAGCGUGGCACCAAAGUCUUACUGACAAUGCUCUCGAUACUCAGGGAGGACUUUGAGGAGUUGAGAGAACAAUGUCGAGAAAAAUGGAAUGCAAAAUGCAUUCGUUUGAGUGACGAUGUAAAUGGUGGAAGAUCUAGCAACCCGCUUGGCAAGUUUUUCCAGAAUUGCGGAUACCGUGUCUCCAAGGAGAAACAAGACGGCGUGCUGCGGCAUAAUGACAAAUUCACGGGUUCACAAAUUCUCGGCCUCUUGGUUAAUGGCGGUGAAAAGCCAUCGAGUGGCAGUGCAAUUUACGAUGCCGGUAACGAUUCGGCCGGCGCACUUUUUAAUAUCUACAAACAUCUCGGCACUUAUCUCCAGGUCCAUCACCUACAACACAUCGACUCACCUAAGAUACCCACCACCGUAUGCCAUAUGUUGGAAUGGUGUUCCGGGUUGCGAUACAAUCCGAUGUAUGAAAGUGUUAGAGGGUAUUUUGACAAAUUGUUAUCUGAGUUGAAGGUGCAUCAAUUACCUGUUGCUGCGCCAAACGACAUUAAGGGCAAAACGCAAUCGCAUAUCAAAGCCAGCGAAAUGAAAAUAGAACUUCGUGAUGUGUGUUUCCGUGCCGAAAAAACAUUAAUCGCAGUCCUCGGCCACGGCCACGAAGGUGGCCGAUACGCUGUUGACUUUAGCACAAACCCAGAUAAAUUGAUGUAUCCAAGUAACAUGACAUCAUUAAUAUGCCUGCUGUUAGAUAUCCUCAAACGCAUGUACCACCAACUUUAUUUCAUGUUUAAACAGUGUUCGUAUAACAGUGAUCUCAGCGGCUGGCGUGACUGCCAUUAUGGUCAGCACGUGAGUGGGUCAUCGUGGCAGUGCAAUGAGAAGCAAUGCCCCAAGCAAGACUGCGACCAAAAGCACAACCAAAGCGCCGACCAACAUACCAACUGCGGUGUCAAGUCGCCGCUGCAGUCGUUCCUUGAGGACGGACUCCCUGGGUUCCUGCCGCAUAGUGUCACAUCGAAGGGUUCCAGCUUUUCAUGUUCGACUUGUACACGUGGCUCUCCAGGCACCCCCUGUAAAACUCCCAUGGGAUUUGCCGAUAUUAUCACUGUCGCAUCCCAUACAAGUAGAGGUGAACGCAUUAUGAGAGUUCUUCGCGAUCUAUGCGGUGACUCCAGUAAGCCACUCACCAGGCUGUGCGCUCAACUAAAUAGCCUCCUGCCCAGCGCACCCAAAACACUAGGUGACAUGUUCGCGUUUUACUAUAAUUUCAUUUAUAACUGGGCAGACAGCGGUAGGGAGCAAAAAUUGGACGCUUUUAAUAAAGCUGUUGCGAAAGCCAAUUUCAAUAACGCAUAUGAUAACAUAGAUCCUGGUACCAUUUUCGGUAACAGUAAGCAUACGCAUAAGCAGGCCGACGCUGACCUCUACAGUCUCGUUUGCAACCCGAGAAAUUCUAUUGUAUGUGGCCCGUAUUUGCAUCCCCUUAAUCAUGAUAUAAGCAGCGUGUUCACCAACAAGAAUGCCGAUAAGUAUCUAUCAUGGGUCACGUAUAUAACAGAAACAUUCUACAAUCUACUUAAAGCGCUCUAUGAAGAGUGCAAUAAAGCCUGCGGUAACAAGGGCUCCAAAUGCUAUGGCAACAGUUGUAUUAAAGAUUGCCCGGCAGGACAAAAUGCGUCGUCAUCGGCCCAUAACAAAGACUGCAAGUCAAUUGUUCACUGCCAAUCGACGCUUCCGACGUUAUGUAGAUAUGGAUUUUAUUUCGGCGACUCUGGCAUACUAGCCAAUGCCUCAGAUUCAACAGUUACGAAAAAGAAUUGCAGACAGUUCUGCAACGCAAUGGAAUACGUCCUAAAAGAAGGCAAAGCGUUCCACACGUUGGAAACCAUUCAUCUGGACAUUGUUAGCCCUCUGGUCGCUGUCGCUCCUGUACCUGCUGCACAUCACCGUCGUCCGCCUCGACGUCCUGAGGAUACGCUCCCACCUAAAAUCACCCGCAAGCCACCGCAUCGCCGCACAGUCCCUCCUCGCCGCCGCACGCGUCAAGGCACUCGCCAACGUCAAGUACUUCUCACCAUAAUCGUGCCUUCACGUGUGAUCUGUGCAUCACUCACCUAA